AUGGCUGUAGGAAAGAACAAACGCCUAUCGAAAGGCAAGAAGGGCAUCAAGAAGAAGGUUGUCGACCCCUUCUCCCGCAAAGAUUGGUAUGAUAUCAAGGCGCCUUCAAUUUUCGAGGUCCGAAAUGUUGGCAAAACCCUCGCCAACCGAUCACAGGGAUUAAAAAACGCGAACGACUCCCUGAAGGGCCGCAUCGUGGAGGUUUCCCUUGCCGAUCUUAACAAGGAUGAGGAGCAAUCAUUCCGCAAAAUCAAGCUACGCAUCGACGAAAUCCAGGGCAAGAACUGUCUGACCAACUUCCACGGGAUGGACUUCACAUCAGACAAGCUUCGCUCCCUCGUCCGCAAGUGGCAAACUCUCAUUGAAGCCCAUGUUGAUGUCAAAACAACUGACGGCUACCUCCUCCGCCUCUUCGCCAUUGGUUUCACCAAGCGCCGCCCAUCACAAGUCCGCAAGACCACCUACGCUCAAUCAAGCCAGAUUCGCGAAAUCAGGAAAAAGAUGUUCGAGAUUAUGACCCGCGAGGCCACAACGUGUGAUCUGAAGGAGCUCGUUCAGAAGUUCGUGCCUGAGGCCAUUGGUCGCGAGAUUGAGAAGGCUUCCCGUAGCAUCUACCCCCUCCAGAACGUCUACGUUCGCAAGGCGAAAAUCCUCAAGGCCCCAAAGUUUGAUGUCUCGAAACUUCUUGAGCUCCACGGAGAGUCAACAGAUGAGACAGGUACACGGGUCGCAAAGGAGUUCAAGGAGCCUGAGAUUCUUGAAUCCGUAUAG